GCUCCAUUCAAAUCCUCUAGAUCUCAUUUUCUCACCCAAAGUUUUUUUAAAAAAAGCCCCAGACGUCUUUGUAUACGUCUUUGGCAAACCUUGUACCUUAGUUUUACUAGCAAUCAAAAUCAACCAAAAAUGAGAGAGUGCAUCUCAAUCCACAUCGGUCAGGCCGGUAUCCAAGUGGGUAAUGCCUGCUGGGAACUCUACUGCCUUGAACAUGGCAUUCAGCCUGAUGGACAAAUGCCUGGCGACAAAACAGUAGGAGGCGGAGAUGAUGCCUUCAACACCUUUUUCAGUGAGACCGGCGCCGGGAAACACGUCCCUCGUGCCGUGUUCUUGGAUCUGGAGCCCACUGUCAUCGAUGAGGUCAGGACCGGGACAUACCGCCAGCUUUUCCACCCCGAACAACUCAUCAGCGGCAAGGAAGACGCUGCUAACAACUUUGCUAGAGGCCAUUACACAAUUGGGAAAGAGAUUGUGGAUCUGUGCCUUGAUAGGAUCAGGAAGCUAGCUGAUAACUGCACUGGGCUUCAGGGGUUUUUGGUUUUCCACGCUGUUGGUGGAGGAACAGGUUCUGGGUUGGGGUCUCUGCUUCUUGAGAGGCUGUCUGUGGACUAUGGAAAGAAAUCAAAGCUGGGUUUCACUGUCUACCCGUCCCCUCAAGUUUCAACCUCUGUUGUGGAACCUUAUAACAGUGUUCUGUCCACUCACUCACUCCUGGAGCACACUGAUGUCUCGGUGCUACUCGACAAUGAAGCCAUUUAUGAUAUUUGCCGCAGAUCAUUGGACAUUGAGAGACCCACUUACACCAAUCUCAAUAGGCUUAUUUCUCAGGUGAUUUCUUCAUUGACUGCAUCUUUGCGUUUUGAUGGUGCAUUGAAUGUGGAUGUGACAGAGUUUCAGACCAAUUUGGUCCCAUAUCCAAGGAUUCACUUUAUGCUUUCAUCAUAUGCACCAGUUAUCUCAGCUGAGAAGGCUUACCACGAGCAGCUUUCUGUGUCUGAAAUCACCAACAGUGCAUUUGAGCCCUCGUCCAUGAUGGCUAAAUGUGACCCUCGACAUGGAAAAUACAUGGCUUGUUGUUUGAUGUACAGAGGUGAUGUGGUCCCCAAGGAUGUGAAUGCAGCUGUGGCCACCAUCAAGACCAAGAGGACUAUUCAGUUUGUUGAUUGGUGCCCAACUGGGUUCAAGUGCGGUAUCAAUUACCAGCCUCCAACUGUGGUUCCUGGUGGUGACUUGGCUAAGGUUCAAAGGGCUGUUUGUAUGAUCUCCAACUCAACUAGUGUGGCUGAGGUGUUCUCAAGGAUUGAUCAUAAGUUUGAUUUGAUGUACGCGAAGAGGGCCUUCGUGCAUUGGUAUGUUGGUGAGGGUAUGGAGGAAGGAGAGUUUUCAGAGGCUAGAGAAGAUUUGGCUGCAUUGGAGAAGGAUUAUGAGGAAGUUGGGGCUGAGUCUGCUGAAGGAGAAGAUGAUGAAGGUGAUGAGUAUUAGGUUGUGGGCAGUGUUGGUGUAGUGUUCUGCCAAUGGACUCAUUGGUCUGAAUUUAGUCUUAAGUGUCUGUAGUGCCUUAUGUUUUAAAGUUUCUUUAGAUGUAUUUUGAUGUUGGUUUAAUGGAAUUGAAACUAUCUUUGCUCAA